AUGCCGAGAAAGUUGGACAAUGUUUCUCGCAUGGUGCGAGGUCACAUUGGUAUGUCGAUGAACAGGUUUAAUUUGUUUAACCUUCAGAGAAAAGUACCCUUGAACUAUGCUGGGAAAACUCUCUAUCAACAAAAAUGGGCAGCUAAAUCAGAAACCAGAGCAUAUCACGGAGAACACUUGAAAGAAAAGAGAUUUAAAAAAGUAAUUUUUGAGCCCGAGUUGAAGACGUAUUCACAGCUUGAUGCAUCGCUAAAGUCACAAGAAGUUGCUCCAACGCCCAUUACCUUGCAAACGUAUGCCACGUUGGAGAAGAGAUUAGAGUUUGCUUUAUUCAGAAGUAUGUUUGCAUCCUCAGUAAGGCAAGCAAGACAAUUUAUCAUGGGGGGAUAUGUCAAGGUUAAUGGAGUGGUGAUCAAGCACCCCUCUUUCCCAUUGAGAAGUGGUGACGUUUUUUCGGUUGAUCCAGAGAGGGUUCUAUAUGCCUUGGGUAGGGCAAAACCAAGUUUGGGCAAAGCAAUAGAUAUUGAUAAUAAACAAAUAAGGUACUGGAAUCAUUAUGUCAAACUCGCUCGCAAAAACCCACAAAAAGUGUGGGAAAUGCAACAAAACAAGCCUGCUUCUUUGAAUUCCGUUGCAAACAUCGAGGCAAAAAUAAGAUUGAAGGAAAAACAGGAUAGCGGGGAAAGCUUGAUGAAAAGACAACAGCAAAAAGUCAACAAAAAGUCUAUUUUGGGUGACAUCGUUAAAUUGGGUAAUGCGGCAGGAGCACAUCUUACGGCAGAUAGUUUUGAAAAAUAUGGAGAUAAGCUCGCGAAAAGCAAAUGUUUGCAGGUGUAUGAGUCCUUACUUCUACAAAAAUCAGGUCUUUUAGGUGAUUAUUCUCCAAAAGCAUUGGACGUUUAUUUCUCAAAAGAAACAGAGAGAACGCCCGAGGAAAAGUCUUUAUUGAGACAUGUAAACAAUUUGUUAAGAGAAUUAGAAAAGAGUGAAUGGGAGAGAAUACGUUUGGAGUUUGAAAAUUUGGGUGCAGGAGCUGCCUUCUAUGACCCCUCUUAUGCAGAGAAACUUAUCCCCAUAACUUCUUUGAACAAAGAAGAGCUUUUGGAAGACGAGACAAAAGCGAAAGUUACAUUACCAUGGCAAAAACAUCUUUUUGGUCGUAAGGAUGCAUCAAAACCUUACUUUACCCCAUGGACACCAAGACCAUUCCUUGGUGCAUUUGCAAUCUUACCUUCGCACAUUGAAAUCUCGUUUGACACUUGUCAUGCUGUUUAUUUGAGGGACCCAGUUGCAAGACCAGGCCAUUCCGAAGUCAUUUCGCCAUUCCCUGAACACGUUCAUGAGAGAGCUUACAUGUAUUAUAUCAAGAAGGGUAUGUCCUAG